ACAUCAUCCACCCUGAUAACACAACUGAGAUCCAGGCUACACAUAUGCUAGACCUCUCAGAUAUGUCUGCAACAAGGGAAGCAAAAAUGAACCUUCUUAGCUUUCUCUUCUUGGCAUCCAUGGUGGUCAAAAGCAGUCAGUUAACAUGCCAAAAUGACCUUCGACGUCCAGAAUACUCUGACAUCUCAGUUGAAUGUGGCACAUCCUCAAUUAGCCUGGCUAUACUAUACUGCCCUGUCAUCUACACUGGCUACAACGAGUCUCUGCUCAUCAUCAACCAAAUGUUUAACAAUCCGGAGUGUAAAGGAACUUUGGAUGACUCUGUCACCCCACCAGUUGUCCGGUUCACCUUCCCCAUCAACAUGACCAACGCUUGUGGCAGCACCUUCGUGACCACCAGUGCAGCUGGCACAGGGAUCUUUGCUGACUUCUCCAACAUCCAGACGGUUAAUGUCAGUGGUCUGGUGUCCUCCCAUGAUCUGACCACGGGGGUAGUGACCUAUAACGCGGAGCUAAAAUAUUAUUACUCCUGUGCUUACCCUCUGGAGUAUUUCAUCAACAACACCCAGGUGGAAGUGUCAGCAUCCUCCAUUGCAGUGAGGGACAACAAUGGAAGCUUCAUCAGUACGUUGAGCAUGGAGCUCUUCAGUGAUGUCAACUACACCACUCCUCUGGACAUACCACAACUGGGGUUAGAGCUGAGGACCAACAUUUAUGUCCAGGUCCAAGCAGCCAACCUGACUGAUCAGUACCAUGUCCUCAUGGACCGAUGCUAUGCUUCCAUAUCUCCUCAUCCUACCAACUCCACUUUCUUCAACCUGUUUGUCUCGUGCUCUAAGGACCAGAUGACCACCAUGCAUGAGAACGGGGACAGUCACCAUGCCCGUUUCUCCUUCCCAGCCUUCAGGUUUGUUGAACAGCAGAACCAGACAGUGUCCACCUACUACCUGCACUGCAUCACCAGACUCUGUGAGAUCAGCACCUGCAGCGACUUUAAGCAAUGUAACACCAGGAGGAGAAGGGAUGUUCACUCCACUGGUGUCUCAGAGGCCACCACUCUAUCCUUAGCAGUUCCCAUCAUCGCCAGGAAUGAUAACUCACUGACAUCUAAGGAGGAAGCUGCAUCCAGCAGUGACUCGGACUCGGACUCCAGGAUGGGUCUCGGGAUAGCUGUAGGCAUCCUCACGGUGGUCAUCGCUGUGGUUCUAGCUGUGGCAGCUGUAUUCUACAGGAGAAGCAGACAUUUUUAAAGGAAGGAGACACCUGUACACGCAACUCCACACAAACUAAACUGUGGGAUGAAUUGGUGUAUGGCAACUUUACCCACAAGACCUGUGGUGUAGUAGAACUAAGCUCAGCAUAAUGUUGCUCUUAUGGUGUUUAUUCUCAUGUAGCAUGUUUUUGUGGUCUUUUCUUAUGGUUGUAGUUGUAUAAGAAAUGUACUAGAAAUGUUCUGUAUAGACUUAUUUGAAAUGCAAAGAGAGGAGAAGGAAAGCUUAAGUGUUAUGCACUCAUGCGCUUUGGCUUAGAAAAGCAUACAAAGGGAACCACUAGUUUGUAGUGAGGGUAGCAGAAUUAUUUUGGAGAUAUUUUAUCAGCAGAUGCUAAUGUACUAAUACAAAUCUAUGAAAAAAAGUGUAAUUCAUAUAGUAUUCUACCGAGUUUUAUGAUAGCCAAACUAAAUGAGUGACUGUUUCAGGGUUGCACAAGUGCAAUGCAAAGUUUGACAUGAGAGAAUGUGUUUUGAGUUUGAAGCCACUGUUCAAUAUAUUGUUUUCAUUAUUUAUUAGGUUUUUGCAUUACACUAAACCAUUUUCAAAUGAAUAUCAGUAAGGUUAUCUGCAUGGGCAAUUCCCUAUCACCUACACAUAACUGGACUUCCACUUUUGAAAUCAACCAUCACAUUCACUCUCACAACUUGCCAUCUUGAUCAUGUUUGAUAGUUUGGGUUUUUUGGGGGUUUUUUGAACAGUUGUUUAAGGUUUAAUA